AUGACAGAAUCUCUGAUUUAUAAUGAAGAAAUCGGACAAAAAUUGUGUAAAGUGCCUAUUUAUAAUGACAGAAUCUCUGAUUCUCGAGUAAGGAAGAUUUCAUCAGCCACAGAUGCAAGGAAAAUUUUUCAAGGGUAUUUCUUUAGUAAGGCAGAUGCUAUGGUUUUAGCAGAGGAUGACCGGAUGAAUAAUCCCCCUGAGAUGGGAAUUCGCUAUGUAGAUUUUGAUCCACUCAACAUCGUUAUUGAUAAAAAUAUUGCACCCUUGCCCAUUAGGUUCAUACCAGAGGCAUCUGAAGUGAGAAAUGCAUUAGAGGUAAAAAAGAAGGCGGGUCUUCCUCAUAAGAACUUUUCCGGGGUUCCAGUUUUUGAGUCCAGGAAUUUGAGUAUAUGUGAAGGUUAUAUGACUCUCGAAAGUGAAGGGUGCCAAGAUCGGAGACGCCUCCUUUUUUUCAAAAAUGAGGAUCUAAAAAAAUCUCUAGCAAAAGCUGCAUAUCAUGAUGGAGGAUCCAGUCUUAUUGAUAUGGAGGCACAUAUAGAGGUUGCUGCUCUUGAGAAUAUUAUACAAGCAAUGAAGGAUAGUUCAACAUCAGAGUGGAACAAAGCUGUUUUUGCAUAUCAUGGUGAAGAUAUUGAAACCGCUCCAUCACCCAGAGAGCUAUGA